GCCCGGCUAGUUCGACGAGCUUCUCUGUUUUGUGCGACCUGGAUCCGGUUCUGCCUCAUCAGAUUCUACAAAUGAACACGUGAUUUACAGUAUCCUAAAUGGAAAUCAAUAUAUCUGAUGCAUCUGGGCUCAGAUAUAACAUGUUAAAGUAAACAUUUGGAUGGAAGAAAGAGCCACAUCCAUGACACUUGAACGCUUAAAAAUCUGCUUUGAAUAGAGAAAGUUUUCUUUCACUGCAGAAAAUCUUUCUGCAAUAAUGGACAGGGAGGACAACCUCUCACAGAACACUGAGGAUUUAAGUUAUGAGCAUAAUGGCUCCAAAGAUAUCAAGAGAAUAGAGGCCAAAGGAACCUGUUUAAAAAUUGAAGGGAAAGAUGGUUAUGUUUUUAAAUCAUACAGAAUUACUCCUCAAGAGGUACUGGAAGCACAUACUUGUCCCCCUGAGUCACUGGCAAAUGAUUCCUCUUUGGUGUCUUUGUCAUUUGAGGGCACAGAGGAAGAUGGAUCUGAAGUCGAUGAGCUUUCAACAGGGGAUUCAGCAGCAGAAAGUUGUGAAAAACAUGACUCUCAAACAUCUCCAACUAUUUCAAAUAGGAGCCAGAACAUUGAAAUAAAUAAUUCAGAAAUUGAAACGAGUGUAUGUAUCAAAGCAGAACCAAAUGAAACGGGUGAAAUCGCUCCGGAUGAUGAAAAGUUGUCAUUUGAUGGGGCCUUUGGCCCCUUUGCCACCAGAGGUUAUGAUGAUGAUUAUGGUAGCUUGUUCAGUGGGUACUCCAGUACUCUGUAUGAUGUUGCAAUGGAUGCUGUCACACAAAGCCUUCUAUCAUCCAUAAGAAGUCCCCUAAACCCUAGAAAAAAAUCCCCUGCUUGGAACCAUUUUUUCAUAUCACCACGUGAUAGUACCAAAGCAAUCUGUAUGUACUGUAUGAAAGAGUUCAGCCGGGGUAAAAACGAGAAAGAUCUCAGUACUAGUUGUUUAAUGAGGCAUGUGCGAAGGGCUCACCCCACUGUUCUUCUGCAAGACAGUGACUCGUUAAGUAAUUUGUCCAAUAAUUCACCUUCAAUACCUCCUAAUAUAUCACCAAACAAUGGAGACUUUUCUGUAAGCAUCAAGCCCCCUACAGACAACAAUACUCCACUGUCCUCCUUUCUAGCCGAGGCAACAGACAUAGUAUCCAAAGACUCUUUAAAAAAGGUCAAACCAAAAGCAGAAAAAAGCGUCAAGAGUGUGGUUCCAUCCCCACAUUCCAUAAACAACCAUAAUGAUGAUGCCACUGACUUGGGAAGUGAAUGCCCUGGAUCAGCCCCUAAGAGCUCAAGUUCCCGACGGCGCUCCGCAGUGUGGAAACACUUUUAUUUAUCCCCUGCUGACAGCUCGAAAGCAGUGUGUAUUCACUGUAUGAAUGAGUUCAGUCGUGGCAAAAAUGGGAAAGACUUGGGGACGAGCUGCCUUAUUCGCCACAUGUGGCGGGCCCAUCGAGAAAUAGUCAUUGAAGAAAAUGGACAGAGCUCAAGUAUUCCUCUCCCUUACAUCACUCCACCAACAUUGCUCUCUCGCACACAAGACUCCGCAGAGGUCAAAAAGGAAUUCCUCUGUUCAUCCCAUCGCUCUGAUGACAUAUCAGAUGAUGUGCCCAAUGAUGACAGUGAGCACAUGAUUCUUGAGGUUGAGGCAACUGAUACUACAUAUCGAUCUGGAGAAGAGCCCUCACAUGAUGCAUCUUUUAGACUGAAAGGGGAAAAUAUAUCUCGGUCAUCCUCACCAGAUGAACACACUGAGGAGCACAACAUAUCCCAAGAUCAGAGCUCAGUUUUUCAACAAAACAAGAAAAUAAUGAAACGGGUGAAAUCAGAAGUAUGGCAUCAUUUCGUUGUCUCACCUGUUGACCAACUCAAAGCUUUGUGUCGGUAUUGUCCCUGUGUCAUAAGUCGUGGUAAACGAGGGGACUUUGGCACAAGCUGUUUAAUGAGACAUUUGAUGCGACGGCAUCCUGAUGUUCUCAAAACCCAAAAAAGCACAAAUGACAAAGUUUCCUCACCUCAGUCUGCCCAUUGUACUCCUGCUGCAGAGGAUGACAUGGCAACAGAUGCAACGGAUAGCCCUCCUGCUGAGAACAAACACCACACCCUGCCUGUUUUCAGCAAAAAGACUUCAAAGCUAUGGAAUCACUUUUCUAUUUCCUCUGCAGACCCAACAAAGGUGGUCUGUUUGCACUGUAGCCGCACAAUUAGCAGAGGCAAAAAGACAACCAAUUUAGGCACUAGUUGCUUAUUUAGGCACAUGCAGAGAUUUCAUGGGAAUGUGCUUGAAAUUAAUAGUAAUAUCUCAGGUGAUGUGUCAUCUGCUGAAAUUCAAAUUAAGCAGGAGCUUAUGGACAUUUCUUCUUGUGAGGAGAAUGCAGAGAAGUUCAGUGAAUGCCACCCAGCUGCCAAAAAAAUAACCAAACUCAUUGCAGAAAUGCUUGCACUGGAUCUUCAGCCAUCAACUGUAGUGGAGAAUGUUGGCCUGAACAGAUUACUGGAAUACCUCCAGCCACAGUAUUCUCUCCCUUCCUCAUCCUACUUUACCAGCACUGCAAUACCAGAAAUGUGUGGAAGCGUGAAAGAAGUAGUUCUUACCCACCUCAAGGAAGCUGAAGGUGGAAUCAUCCAUUUCACGACAAGUGUUUGGGUGAGCAGCCAAACUCAGGAGUACUUGAUUCUUACAGCCCACUGGGUAACAUUUGAGUCUCAAGUUCUGCGUCAGGGACAAGAUUUCCACUGCUCAGCCCUCCUUGGUGUUUCUUCAAUUGACUGUGACUACAAUGUGAUGAACGUACAAAAGCAGCUUGAAUAUCUUUGGGACACCUGGAUUGGUUCCUCAGGCCUUAAAAUUGGAUUUACUGUAACAGAUAAUCAAACUAUUGGAAGCAUACUAGAAAGCAGUGAUCACACCACCAUGCAGUGUUUUGUUUAUAGUAUAGACCUCAUUGUUAAUGAAGCCAUAAAAAAUCAGAGGAUGGUUCAGAACUUGCUUAGUAUGGCUCGAAAAAUCUGUGAGAGAGUUCAUCGUUCUGCUAAAGCAAAGGAGAAGUUGGCAGAGCUGCAAAAAGCUUAUCUGUUACCUGAAAACCAGCUGGUUCAGGAUGUUCCUUCUAAGUGGAAAACAUCGUAUUUUAUGCUUGAGCGAUUAGUAGAACAAAAGAAAGCCAUUGAUGAGAUGUCAAUAGAGUGCAAUUUCAGGGAACUGAUAAGCUGUGACCAGUGGGAAGUCAUGCAGUCAGUCUGCAAUGCUCUUAAGCCUUUUGAGGUUGCCUGCAGAGAGAUGAGCAAUCGCACAGCAACACUAGGUCAGGUCAUUCCACUCAUUCACAUACUUAACCGAAAAAUAGAUAUGCUUUUUGAUGAGACCAUGGGGAUUGACAAUAUGCUCAAGUCUUUAAAGGAAGCAAUGGUGGCUAAAAUGUCCCCUACACUUCAUGACCCCAGGUACAUAUGGGCAACCAUGUUGGACCCAAGGUAUAAAACCUCCCUUUUUACUGAGGAAGAAGCAGAGCAGUGUAAGCAUGACCUCAUACAAGAGCUUGAGGUGUCUACAUCUAACUCUGUGGAGACAAAACCACCACUAUCAAAUGGAUGCAGUGAAAUUCCAGCUUCAUCAAACAGCUUGGCCUCAAGCAAAGAAAACCUCUGGGCUCUUAUGGAUGACAUUAGACAGAGAAUCAAGCGGGAGGAGAGACCAAAAUCAUUGGAGCUUGCAGUGCUGGAGUAUUUGGAGGAAGACAUUCUUGACCAGAGUUGUGAUCCUCUGAAUUAUUGGAACCUAAAGAAGUUACUGUGGCCUGAACUUGCCAAAGUAGCUGUACGCUAUGUGGGUUGUCCACCCAGCAUUGUACCAGCAGACACACUUUUUAGCACAUCAAGUCUCAGCUAUGCUCUGAAUCAGUCCCGGCCAUUGCUAGAAAAUCUUGAAGGACUUCUAUUUUUAAAGGUCAACCUUCCUUUGAUAUAUUUUCGGUAUUGAUGAUUGUGUAUUUAUAUUUGCAAGGCUGUUUCUUAAAAUCUCAUGAACCCUAACCUAGGACCACUGAUAUUUAAUUGAAUAAAAGAUUGCUUGAGUACUACUGUUGAGUACACUUUAUCACUGGAGUCUUAUUUCUGGUGAAAAGUUUUUUUUCAGGAAGGGGGGGGGGGUUAGCUAGCUAUAGGGUUAGUUAUUGUUUGUUGCUGUACUUUAAUUUCUUUUAGAAAAUGCAUUUUAUCUUUGUCUUCUCUCUCCUUGUGCCUUAUACAAACUACUUCAGGACAACAUGCUGUAAAUAUUAACUGAUCUGCAAAGAAUGAUGAUGAAAUUUAAAUGAUUUUAGAAAUUUUAAACCACAUGCUGAAUACUGUUUUUAUAUAAACACAUGGCCCAUAAUAAAUGCUGUGACUGAGAGAUGUUUUAAAUGCAUUUUAU